AUGCAGCGAUGGAGCUUCUUUUGGCUCCUGGUGGCGAAGCUCGCAGUGGCCGAGCUCGACUGUGACGGCGUUACCUGUGAGGUGGAGUCGAUCCACCUGCUGCAACAUGCGCAUACGCGGGAAGCUCCUGAGAGGCCGGAGGCCUUGGCAAGUCCGUUUGCCGAAGUCUUGGUCCUCUCGAUCAACGAGGAGAAGUACAAGCUCUCCAAAGCGGAGCUCAAGGACCAGGGCAUUGUGGCGGUGAGCCGCGUGAAGGGCUUCAACGCCUCGAGGGACUCGGAGCUCUCAGAAGCUUUGGCUCUUUUGACGGAAUACGGAAACGCCAAUAGUCUCCACCAUACGGUGAGCAAUUGGAUGCUGUGCCUUCAUACGUCGCCCGGCAAUCCGCCGAACUUUGGUGCGGCCAACAGCGAAUUCUGGAGGAACUUCUUCCGGAGCUCACCCAGGAUGGAAUGUGUCUGA